CAGCGCGGAGCCGGAGCGGGGGGCAGAGACACUCUACUCAGGGAUUCAAGGCAGUUUGCAGCAGUCCCUUACAGAAAUAUGGACGCAGAGUGCGCGUAUUAACCUUCAGCAAAGGGAGUUUGUCCUAGUUUAGAGAGAGAGAGAGAGAGAGAGAGAGAGAGAGAGAGAGAGAGAGAGAGAGAGAGAGAAGGCGGCUCAGAUCUGCGUGAACUUCACCAGUCUUUGGAAGCAGUGAAAAUACCAGGACGCUUUCUUCAGACGCGUUGAUUCUUUAUGGACGAUAGCUCAAGCGCUCUUCACGCAGUCAACGGAGUGUGUGUGAGCCGAGGUGGACGCUGGUGUGGGACUCUGGGGAUGUGUAAAGACUCCAUCUGUCCUGGGUCUCUGCAGCAUUUUAGGAGCUGCUCUCUGGGCCUAUUUGCAAGGUAAGACAAAAAGUGUGUGUCCUGGGUGUGUGUUUGCCAUGGCUCUAGUUCAGGCACUGCCUGUGCCCACUGAUCAUCCCAAACCCAGCGCUGACGUCCAGCAGUGCUGCUCAGUGUCUCACUCCCCCACUGUAGCAGCGGUAGGCACCAUGGGUUCUGUCAGCAGCCUCAUCUCUGGACGUACCUAUCAGGAGCGUCAUUGCCGAGCUGCCAGCGACUUUGGAGCCAAGUAUCGCAAACCCACACCAGCUACGAGCUGCUUCAGACAGCAAGAGGGCACGCUGCGCAGCGCCAGCUCACAGCAGCAGCUUCUCACCAGCCAGCCUCCUCUACCUGCUAAGAACAGGUCCUCUGCCCUCAUCUCUGCUGGCAAUGGCAACUAUGGCUAUUUGAAUGAUGAGCCAGUGGGCGACUGGAAUGAUAAUCAUGUGACCACAUGCAGCCCGUCCAGUGAUACCGAAGAGCCUCCUGAUAACAGAGGCAUGAAUGGUAACAUUGGUGGCCCUCCUCCCAAACUCGUCCCAGUGUCAGGCAGGCUGGAAAAGAGUAUGGAGAAGAUACUGAUCCGCCCCACUGCCUUUAAGCCUGUUGUGCCCAAGAAUCGAAACUCUGUGCAAUACCUGUCUCCACGAUCAGGGGGCAGUCUUUCUGAAAGCCAAGCAAGCCUCAACCUCUUACUCCCUGGCACUGGAGCAGGGUUGGGCUGUACGGAGAAGCGUAACUCUUACAGUGGGGGGCGCAACGCACGGAGUAGCCAGUCCUGCACUAUGUCUGACUCAGGCCGUAACUCACUUUCCAGCCUACCCACCUACAGCAGCACAGGGUACAGCCUGGCACAGAGUGAGGCACCCACUGGGCACAUGGAAACCACACGCUCCGGCGGUGGUCACGGACACUCUAACUCCGACAGUGGUCGGUCAUCAUCCAGUAAGAGCACGGGAUCUUUAAGUGGCCGUGGCCAGCCCCUCUCAGACAACGGAUCGUGUGGCCGAUCCCCAGCUCCAGGAGAAGGGUAUGAAGGCGUCAUGCGGGAACUUGAGGAGAAGCUGAGGGAAAGAGACCUGGAGCUGCAGCAACUCAGGGACAACCUGGAUGAGAAUGAGGCAGCCAUCUGUCAGGUAUAUGAGGAGAAACAGAAACGUUGCGAGCAAGAGUUGGAGGACCUUCGUCAGAGCUGUGCAUCAAAAAUGAAGCAGGUGCAACUGAAGGCCCAGCGGGCACAACAGGUCCUGCAGUUGCAGGUGUUUCAGCUGCAGCAGGAGAAGAAGAAACUGCAAGAGGACUUCUCCCAACUGCUGCAGGAACGGGAGGCAUUGGAGAAGAGAUGUGCCUCAUUUGAGAAGGAGCAGACUCAGCUAGGUCCUCGUCUAGAAGAGACAAAGUGGGAGGUCUGUCAGAAGUCAGGUGAGAUCUCUCUGCUGAAGCAGCAGCUGAAGGACGUACAGGCUGAUCUUGGCCAGAAGGCCAGCGAGAUUAUUGCUUUGAAGGCCCAGUUGAGAGAGGCUCGUUCGGAGCUUCAAGCUAGCCAGGCUCACUCGCAGGAAGCCCAUGCCACAACCCGCACUCGUACACUCGAACUUGAAGUUUGCGAGAAUGAGCUGCAGCGUCGUAAAAGCGAAGCAGAGCUCCUGCGGGAGAAGGUGGGCCGUUUGGAGAAAGAGUCCCUCCGUCUUAAAGAGGCCUUGGCAGUGCAUCCAUCCCAAACUCUUCCUUCUAAGGUUCAGUGCAUGAGCUUGCCCCUUCCCCAAAGCCGUGGAGGAAUUGCACAUGGGAUUAGCCCUGCUUUCCGGGACAAUGGCAGUGAAGAGCAGUUUCUAGCAUACGAGAGCGAUGAAGCGAAGGUGCAGCGUCAGAGCGUGGAUGUGCUUCACGGUCUACGUCAGCAGGUGGACCGCCUGCGGGCUGAGCUGAUGUUUGAGAGGAGGCGGAGUGAGGACCAGCUGGAGGCCUUUGAGGAUGAACGUAGGGUGUGGCAGGAGGAGAAAGACAAGGUGAUCCGUUACCAGAAGCAGCUGCAGCAGAACUACAUCCAGAUGUACCGCAGAAACCGAGACCUAGAACGUGUGAUGAGGGAACUUAGUCUUGAGCUGGAGAACAGGGACAUGGAGGAGUUUGACAUGCGUAGCAAUGAGAUUCAUUUCGAGGAGAUCACUGCUACUGAAAUCUAACCCACUUCUCACUCUGCCAUCGCAAAAUGAAUUUCCACUGUCCUUGUGUGAGGAGCACUGGCCUUCACUGCAGUGUCAUUUGGCAUGCUUCUCCACAAUAUUUCAGAAAGACUUAUGUUCAAGGCAAGUUAUUGUUGUAAUGUCUGCAGAGGCCAAUAAAACAUGGAACGUUUGUAUUUAGACAUCUUUAUGAUCAUUUCCUGCCUCGGAAACCUGUGAGAGACUUCAGAUGAAUGUACAAUGACUGUGAACAGCAGUUAAUUGAUGCCACUGGUGAAGGGAAGGAUGUCCUCAAAGGUGGUGCUUUGUUCCUGACAAACCCCUAUAGUACAACUAGGGCUGUAAUUUAGCUUACUUUUGAAAAAAAAGUCAUGCAAGAAUCGCAUUUCGCAUAUCGGGAUCAGAUCGUUGACUUGAAACAUGAAUUUUUUAACAGAAGAUGUGUUUUUCCAUUCAAAAGCAUCUACGCAAUGGUGCAGAUGUGCAGGGCUCUCAAGUUAUUUUUAAAGUUCAACUACUUCGAAGUGUAAGAUGUUGAUAUAAACAGCAAGAUGCAACAUUAUGGCGAAAGACAUUUGUAGCAUAAAGCGAAUGCUAGAAUGUGUCCUUUGUGCGCUAUCUUGGGCAGAUUGACAAAUCCAAUUUAUAAAUGGGUUGAUGUGAACUGCAGACCAAUGAUGGGCUUAUGUUUAAUGAUAUCAAAAUAAAAAAAUUACGAAUUUAAUCAUAUUUGGAUUUUUUUCCUCAACAAAAAAUGAUGAUUAAUUUGAUUACUUCAGGUACUUAAUUGGCAGUGUCAAUUAGUUUAAUCCAAUACCUUACACACAAUCAGAAAAGACUGUCCCUGCAACAAAAUAUACUGAAAUGGCUGAGAUUAAAGAAUCAAUAGGAAGAAAUGCAGCAUGUAGACUAAGGGUUUCAUGGAGUUUCUCAUAUCAAAUAUAUAGUAUAUCAUAUAUAGUACAGAGCACACUACUUGCCUCGCCCAUUGUACCAGCAUUGACACUGAUGGGAAGAGACUUGGAGGCACUCUACUGAGCAUCUCAUGUUAAGUCACAGAAUCUGCAGUUUUGUUGCAUUCUUGGUGUUCUAGUUGUGCUGGUGUUAAGUCCUCAAUAACAUUGUGUCAUAUCUAAUCAGCUAUUUACGGCACUAUGCAGCAAGAACUGGCACCUCUCAUCUCACAGCCCAGCUGCUUACACUACACUUGAUACUAAUCACUGAUGUAGAAGUGUUAUUUUUAUAAUUAGAUGAUACAGUAUAUUAGCAGAUAUAACUAGCAAAUAUAGAGGCAAAUACAUAUUUUCUUUUCUUUGUGAGUAUUGCCAUGCACACUGUACAGAGUGAAUAGCAUGUGUGCAUGACACCGUAGCAUUUGUGUGGCCAGAGAGUCACAUUAUGGCAUCACACAGGUCACCUGGUAGGUUUUUCCCAACCAGUUCUGCUCUGUAAUGACAUAGUUGAUGAAUACAUAGAUAUUAUGAUUAUUAGAUUUGCAUACAAUCUAAGAAAUACUAAUCAAAUGUUUGUGGUCAUUUUGUUAAAGGGAUAUAUACACAAUAUAAACUUGCUGUUUUUACAGAACAGAUUCUUUAAAAAAAAAAAAAGAGGAACAAUUCAACAUAUAUAUGAUGUAUAUUUUUAUACAUAGCACCUCAAGCUAUUUUGUGGUAACACAGGUAACUAUGUUGGUUUAAUAAAUAUGAAUUGCAUAUUUCACACCUUUUUGUCCAGAGGGAUCAUUUGCCAUAGCAUGUUCAUGGGGAGCUCUGACAGUAUUUCAUACAGUAGUUAGUGUUUUUCUUUGAGCAUGUUGUAGAAAAGUAUCAAGAACAUUGCCUGACAACAAGGCCAUGCUUGAGAUGUGAGCCUUUUGAAAUCAGGGAAGGCAGAUGAGACGUAAUGGCAAAAAUGAAAUGAGGAGCUCUCACUGCAAAAUCACAUUUUUAUCCAUUGCAACCAAAGAUAAUCCGUUAUGUAUUUUCCAUAAUAUCUUUAUCAGCUUAUAGUUACAUAUACAUAUUUUUCACUCAGUGCUUGCUUUUUUCUUUUUUACAAGACUCUCAAUGAUCUUACAGUAAAACAGAAACUUUAUUAAUGUUAU